AUGACGAAUCCACAGCAUCAGUGCCAUGGGGUCCUUGCGCAAGCCAUUUGUGACGCUGACCCGGCUGCGCAAAUUUCGCCAGAACUAGUCCAUCAUUUGGCGACCAGAUUAGAACCGCUCUUCAACCAAAGGGUUGCUGUUUUCGGCCGGGAAAGCAAAGCUCAAGAAUUGGUGCCGCAGCUUGUUGCUUGCCCUGGGCGCGGAGGACGACUUGCUGAAUGUCGGAGCUCCGCUGCUGCAGCUAUCGUCGUAGAUCUGUCGGGUUUGGUCCAGAAACAACACAUUCCACUGAGAUGUCGGCGAUCCUCCUGUCCAGACUUUGGUGUGCUGCUGUGGUACAACUAUACCGUGCGGAGUGGGUGCCAUCAUUUUGCAGGAGAGCUACCUGAGUUGAACUGCUUCAUGUUGUCCGCCACCUUCGGCUUCAGUGUCCCCUGGUUGCAACAGUUUCACGUACGCAUGGUGAGGCAACAUGCGUCUUUCACAAGUGAAGCAGAUGUGCUCGGCGCGCAGGCAGCUUACAAUUCCCAGCUCCAUCUCUUACCAACAGCUCGAUUGCGGCUUCUCAUUAGCCAGGGGUGGUUUGCUUGGCGUCUCCUCACCCGGGUGCACCAAAGCAAUUUGGACCUAGCAUCUUUUGAUUUCUUGCGGCCCAUGGAGGACAUGAUUGGCUUAUUCUUGCCGCAGUUGCAAAGAGAAUUUGGCAGGACUACCUUGGAGGAAGCCCAAAAAGCCACGAUGCGCUGUGACGUUGUUGUGCUCGAUGGCAAUGCAAAAAAUCGUCGAGCUGUUUGCGGAGCCUCAUUGGCCGGAGGAACUUUUUCCAAGGAAUUGCGCCGGGUGGUCCGCCACAACUGUGCCAAUACUCCCGCUUUUCGGAGAUGCUUCUGUCCCGCCCAUUGCAGUCAAGAUGAUCAAUUCCAGGAAGUGACCAUUCUUCAGCACAAGCUCAUCAAUGACGGACAGUGCUUGAUGGUCUUGCUGAAAGAGACUGUGGAGCCUCAAAGAGAAGCUUGGGUAUCCGAUUCUGCAGUUCCAGCGUCUGUCCUGUCCAACUAUUUGCAGCAAGUGGGCGAGGCGAAGUUGAAACCCAGCAAACGCCCACGGCGAGAAGAGGAGGCAGACGGCAGAGGCGGCUCUUCCUCAUCGCUUGGACCUUCGAUGCUUGCGAGUUUAACGUUGCAAGAGAUUGGGCGCUCGUCCGACCCAACAGAUUUGCAGUGCGUGACUUGCUGCACACACAAGGAAGGCAGCGCUGCUCAAAGGCAGCUUGCCAAAUCUGCUGGAAUGUUGUGCGCGUGUUUGUCUGAGGGUUUGAUUUUGCACAUGCAAGAAAUCUACGGCUGUGAGUCGUUGAGCCAGAGAUACCUAUGUCUGGCGUCUGUGAAAGCCCUCUUGCCGUCCCUUCGCGUGGUGGUCCACGAUGAUGCUUGCCAUUUGCACAAGUACGAUUCAGAAGCUGCUGCCCAGAUAGCCCCGCCAGAGAUGAAGUACGUGUGCGACAAGUUCCACAUGGCUGGCCAUACCGAUGCUUGGUGUAAAGAGACGUUUCUGGGGCCCUUGUCUGGAGCCCACGAAGACAGACAGUACAUCCCUGCCAUGAAUUUGAUGUGGGAUGAAGUGGACAAGUGCUUCGACCCAAGCUACAUCCUUGGAGAAGCUGGGCACCGCUUCUGCCAAACAUACGCUGUUAGGGCAGCCCAUGCAGAAUUUCCUUACGCCCUCCGCUGCUUGUCGCUGAUGUGUGCUCUUGUGAACGGUGCCAAAGUGGCUGUCUUUGCUACCUCGCCAUCGCCUUUGACGUUGGUUGCUAUUAAUGUCAACUACGCCCAGACGAGAAAAUCAUCCUUGACAGGACAUGCAGAGGCUUGUGGGCAGGAGUUGGACGCAGUCAUCUUGACGAACGCAGAGUCCAAGCUGGCGACAUAUUGUGUGGAAGAAGGCGCUCCUGCGCCAGUGCAGCACAGGUUGAAGCCGAAGCUAUUCUCCGCAAUGGUUGCCAGCGCAACACCUGAGGAGUGGUUCCAUCGAUGCUCGGGCGAUUGGAACCAGGUCCGAAAUGCUGACAAGUUGCCCGGAGACUGGACUGGCCGAUGCUGGUUUGGCUUGCUGGGGAAUUUUGAUGAGGCCUACGACUUCCUGCUCAGCUUGGGUCUCUUGUCCGAUGGGCCUGCAUCCAAGGAGAAAGCCAAGGCAAGGGUGAACCCGUACCAGAGUGCCUUCAACAAGCUCUUGCAGUUUGGAACCAGCGCUCGCGCCACGAAAACAAAUGGGAGCUAUGGAGAGAAGCUUGCUAGAACCGUUAGCAUGGGGAUCACUUGCAAUAUGCACCCUGCGCAAUACAUCCCUAUGGAAAGAGGAGUUUCCCGGCACCGAUGGGUUCCUCUCACAGCCGAAAUUGCGGAACUGCUGGGCAUAGCCAAAGAGGCUGCUUCGCCAGAUGCCGCUGCUCAGGAGUGGAAAGACGUUGGCCUUGAAGAUGAAAAAGCAGUGCAGCUCACCCAGCGAAUGCAGCGGGCGACUAUGCUCUUGGAUGGCAAGAUGAGCCGCCUACGGUUCAAACGUUCUCCUGCGUCGACGUCUGGGUUUGAAGCUCAGUGGCGCGUUGCCAACAGAAGCUUUGCCAUUCCAGCAGAGUGCUCCCUGACGGCCGCUGUCUCCCGAGUCACUGCCUACUUCGACCAACCUCACCAAGUCAUUGCCCUCACUCCGGAGGCGGAGUCUUGGCACAUGUCCUACCAAGGUGGAAUGAAUGCGCAAGCCCAUCUGUCUCGCGAAUCAGGGGAUGUUCAGGGUGGCGCUCGCUUUGGAGCCGCUCCGUGGCAAGUGGGAGUUUUGGCGGCUUUGCUCCUGGUGUUUGAAAUCUUUGUGGGUGCGCACAGUGUUGAAGCUCUUGGACGGAGGGAUUUGCAGGUCCAGAAGCUGAAGCAUAUUGCUUUGGGAGAUGCAGCCGCUAGCCCAGACCAUUUUCCCCAGCAGCCAAGUCCGCAACCUGCUUUCGAUUUGGCAACUUUGCGUGUUCCUUAUCAGACGGAAGAUUUUGCUUCGACCCAGCAUGGUCCCGGACUUCGACUUCCCCAAGCUGGCGAGGAAGAAGAAUUUGAACUUGAACCUGAAGAAGAAGAUGCGGAACCUGGGCCCAACUCGCUUGAAAGGCCUCCAGACAGCGUGGCCGAAGUCGUGGAGGACCUACCGCCCCAAGAUCCACCCGCAGGCGAAAAGCCGCUGGUUCUUGAUGAAGUGCGGGCAAGUGAUUUUGGUUUUGGCGAGAAUGGCGUCACAGUCCAGCCUGACGGUCUCUUCAGCCGUCACUGGACAGACCGGGCAAUCCUGAAGCACACCUUGCUGACCGGCAAGCCAAAGAUGACUCGCAAAGAAGCGUGUGACAAAAUGCGCACCAGCAGGGAGCAGGGCCGCCGCAAAGCGCUUCCGAAAGAGAAAUGGACAGCGGUCAUGGCGGCAGCCGCAGAGCAGCAUUCCAGCAUCCUUCAGCUCCAGGGUGAGACUUUGUGUUUGAAAGUGAUCCCAGACACAGCGCAGGGCAAGGUGAAGUACCACAAUGAAUUGAUGAGGGCUUGUGGGCUGACUUUGCGGGAGCUGGUGGCCGCCAUGGAGAAAGCAUCCAGCAACCAGGAAAGGAAGCGCCAGGAAGAUCGGCGCAAACGGCCCAGAGAUGAGGAGUGA